AUGGGGGACCAAGCGCCUUCUGAUCGUACAGUUCGCAAUUGGUAUCAUGAGUUUGAUCGUAACAAUUUCAGUGUUGAAGAUGCUGCCCGUUCAGGUCGUCCUCGAACUGCGAUCAACGAAGAAACAAUUGAUGCUGUCAAAUCAAUAAUCGAAGAUGAUCCUCAUUCAACAUACGAAGAAAUGGAACACACCCUGGGCAUUGGUUCGUCAGCGGUCAAUUCAAUUAUUCAUGAAUAUUUAAAGUUGCACAAGAUUUGUACUCGAUGGGUUCCUCAUCAACUCACCGAUGGCCAAAAACAGUUCCGUAUUCAAUUUUGUCGAGAUUCACUUGAAAGGUUUGAAGGAGGUCAAUCCCGUCAUGUAUUUGACAUUAUAACUGGUGACGAAUCAUGGUUCUAUCAUUAUGAUCCAACAACAAAAGAGCAAUCAAAAGUUUGGGUGUCACAAACUGAUCCGCGACCAACCAAAGUUCAUCGAUACAAAAGUUCAGGCAAGCGAAUGGUGGCGAUUUUCUUCAUGAAAUCCGGUUUAAUCAAGUCCAUACCAUUUGAACGUGAUGAAACGACUGGUCUUCGUGGUCUCAUUUUGCAUGAUGCUACAGCCAGAACUAUUAACGAAUCUCUGGCCGAUAAUCGUGUUGAACCAUAUCGAAAUCCACCGUAUUCUCCAGAUCUAAGACCGUGUGGCUUCUUUUUGUUUGCAAAACUCAAAAAUCAACUACGUGGAAUUCGAUUCGACGACGAACAUGCAAUGCUGAAUGCGUUAGAACAAGCCAUUGGCAGCCUCACAAAGGAUGAUUUCAAAAACUGCUUUGAUGACUGGCUUAUCCGAAUGCACAAGUGCAUUGAUGCUGAUGAACAGUACUUUGAAAAACUACAUUAG